AUGUCUGAUCAGCGUGAAGAGCGGCAUAAUAGAGCACACACUAGCGGGGAACCUUUAAAUGAAUGCGAUGUUUCUAAGAAGAAAUUUUAUAAACAUGAAACAACUAGUCAUUUUGCUGCUCAUAAAAAAAGAAGACACAAAAAAGACAAGUCUUAUGAAUGUGAUGUUUGUAAGAAGAAAUUUAACAGAUCAGACGCUUUGGGAGAACAUAAGAGAGCACACACAGGAGAAAAACCUUAUAAAUGUAAUGUUUGUGAGAAACGAUUUUCCCAAUCAAGUAGUUUUACAAAACAUAAAAGAACACACAUUACAGAGAGGCCUUAUGAAUGUGAUGUUUGUAAGAAGAAGUUUAAAAUAUCUGGCGAUGUAGCAAAACAUAAAAGAACACACACUACAGACAAGCCUUAUGAAUGUGAUGUUUGUAAGAGGAGAUUUAGAAUAUCUGGCGAGUUAGCUGUACAUAAGAGGACACACACUGGAGAUAAACCUUAUGAAUGCGAUGUUUGUAAGAGGAAAUUUGCACAAUCAGGUAAUUUAGCAACGCAUCAACGCACACACACUGGAGACAAGCCUUAUGAAUGUGAUGUUUGCAAGAAGAGAUUUAGACAAUCAGGUAAUUUAGCUGCACAUAAACAAACACACACAGGGGACAAGCCUUAUGAAUGUGAUGUUUGUAAGAAGAGAUUUAGACAAUCAGGUCAUUUAACUACACAUAAACAAACACACACUGGAGACAGACCUUAUGAAUGUGAUGUUUGUAAGAAGAAGUUUAAAAGAUCAGAUGCUUUGAUAAACCAUAAGAGAACACACAGUGGAGAGAAACCUUAUGAAUGUGAUGUUUGUAAGAAGAGAUUUGGAAGAUUAGAUAGUUUGGUAAAACAUAAGAGAACACACACUGGAGAGAAACCUUAUGAAUGUGAUGUUUGUACGAUGAGAUUUAUGAGAUCAAAUGAAUUGGUGACACAUAAACGAACACACACUGGAGACAACCCUUAUGAAUGUGAUGUUUGCAAGAAGAGAUUUAGACAGUCAGGUAUUUUAGCUAAACAUAAACAAACACACUCUGAAGACAGACCUUAUGAAUGUGAUGUUUGUAAGAAGAGAUUUACACUAUUAAGCAGCCUUAUGUGCCACAAAAAGGAACAUUUAUUUUGCAAUAGUUGCCACAAAGAGAUUAUUGAACCACAAGAUUUGCAAGGACACUUUGCUGAGGAUAAAAGCAUUGGAAAAUACGCUUGUAACAAAUGUAACAAACGAUUCUCAAAUUUUAUGACAUUGGUUCAACAUAUAGCGAGACAUCAUGGCAAUGAUGGAAACUACCAAUGUGGUUUAUGUCAAGAACUGGAAUCAACAGAACCAACUGGUGUUGGAUAUGUUUGUUGUGUUUGCGAUGUCGUGUUUGAUGUUCCCAGAGAUCUCGAAGAUCACAUGGCCACCCAUGACUCAAUGUGA